AUGGCCUCAAAUGAGAGAGAUGCUAUAUCGUGGUACCAAAAGAAGAUUGGAGCAUAUGAUCAGCAGAUAUGGGAAAAGUCAAUCGAACAGACUCAGAUUAAGGGCUUCAAAAACAAACCAAAAAAGAUGGGUCACAUAAAACCAGACUUGAUUGAUGUUGACUUAAUCAGAGUUAUAGCACUCGUGUUAUAUUUUAUGAUGCCUAUUGUGAAUGUAAGUGAAGUACUUGGACCCUUGUGCCUUAUGUUACUUAUGGGAACUGUCCACUGUCAAAUUGUUUCUACUCAGAUAACAAGGCCAUCGGGAAACAAUGGAAAUCGGAGAAGAAGAAAAUUACGGAAAACUGUCAAUGGCGAUGGGAGCCGAGAAAAUGGAAAUAACUCCUCUGAUAAAGUCAGAGGAGUGGAAACGUUGGACUCUCUUCCCCUUAUUGGCAGUUUUUGGGAGACUCUCUUCGGCAACAGGAUUAAAAGAGUAAAAUUAAUAUGUAACAAGGGGACUGAAACUGACAAUGACUCAAGUUGUCUGCAUCCUAUCAUUAAGAAGAAACAGUGUCGACCAGAGAUUAGAAUGUGGCAAACAAGAGAGAAAGCAAAAUUUUCAGAUGGAGAUAAGUGCCACAGGGAGGCUUUCAGGCGUCUGGGUAAUGGGAUUUCAGAUGAUCUGUCAAGUGAGGAGGACGGUGAAGCCCGGACGCAGAUGAUGAUGUUGCGCAGGAGUGUGGAAGGGGCCUCAAGUGACAACGGCUGUGAAGUUAAGAAUAGAAAAUCAAUACUUACCAGGCACCUAAACACUCAGGUAAAGAAAACCACUCCCAAGUGGUGUCACAUUACACGGGAUUCGGAUAGUCUGGUCGAAUCGGAAUUUGAAUCAGCGGGCUUCAGUCAGGGCUCUAGGUCGGGCAUGAGUGGUGGCUCUCGAAGCCUCAACAUGUUGAGAAGAGACUCAGAAAGCACCCGCCAUGACUCGGAGACGGAGGAUAUGCUGUGGGACGACCUGCUGCACGGCCCAGAGUGCCGGUCGUCUGUCACCAGUGACAGUGAGGGGGCCCGCGUGAACGCCCUUCACUCAGGGGCCAAACGUGACCCCAAAGAAGAUGUUUUUCAGCAGAACCACUUAUUCUGGCUUCAGAACUCAAGUCCUGCCUCUGAUCGAGUUAGUGCAAUCAUCUGGGAAGGGAAUGAGUGCAAAAAGAUGGAUAUGUCUGUGUUGGAAAUAAGUGGCAUCAUCAUGAGCAGGGUUAAUGCAUAUCAGCAAGGAGUAGGUUAUCAGAUGCUGGGAAAUGUCGUCACCAUUGGAUUAGCAUUUUUUCCUUUUUUACAUCGACUUUUCCGUGAGAAGAGCCUUGACCAGCUAAAGUCCAUUUCAGCUGAGGAGAUCAUGACUCUCUUUUGUGGGGCACCACCUGUUACACCUAUUAUUAUUUUGUCUAUGAUUAAUUUUUUUGAACGAUUGUGUCUUACUUGGAUUUUUUUUUUCAUGAUGUGUGUGGCAGAGAGAACAUAUAAACAGAGAUUUUUAUUUGCAAAACUCUUCAGCCAUAUUACCUCUGCCAGGAAAGCUAGGAAAUAUGAAAUACCUCAUUUCAGACUUAAAAAAGUGGAGAACAUUAAGAUAUGGUUAUCACUGCGUUCCUUUCUAAAGAGACGGGGUCCACAGCGUUCAGUUGAUGUGGUUGUAUCUUCAGUCUUCUUGCUGACACUUUCAAUUGCUUUCAUUUGCUGUGCCCAGGUUCUCCAAGGGCAUAAAACUUUCCUGAAUGAUGCUUAUAAUUGGGAGUUUUUGAUCUGGGAAACAGCUUUACUACUUUUCUUACUGCGUCUGGCUUCACUGGGGUCUGAAACCAAUAAGAAAUACAGCAAUGUUUCAAUAUUACUUACUGAGCAGAUUAAUUUAUAUCUUAAGAUGGAGAAAAAGCCGAAUAAGAAAGAACAGCUUACUCUAGUAAAUAAUGUAUUAAAGCUGUCCACCAAGUUAUUGAAAGAGCUGGACACACCAUUUAGACUCUAUGGACUGACAAUGAAUCCCUUAAUCUACAAUAUCACACGAGUCGUUAUCCUUUCUGCUGUCUCAGGUGUUAUAAGUGAUCUUCUAGGAUUUAAUAUAAGACUGUGGAAAAUUAAGUCAUAAGCUGAGCCAUGUGCCUGGACUCUCCCCUUGCUGGCAUCAGUACUGACCCAUUAAGGAAGGAGAGGACUUGCAGAAACCAUGGGACACCUACCUGCUUGUUCACACACAGAGGUGCCCUCAGCUCUGCCUAAUCUUAUGAAUGGUGUUUUCAGAGGAACAAAUCUUUUUCCAGUGGGGCAUGCAUGCCAAAAAUUGUAUUUUCACUGUUUUCAAAUAAUAUGAAUAGUCAGGAGACUAAAGAUCGUGCGUUGUGGGAACAUAAGGACAAGUUAGGAAAGUUGAUUUGGGGCACUUCAGUGCUGUGACAGUUAUAUUUACUGCAAGUAGUCUUUUGGGUUACUAUGGUAGAUGCCUGACGCAUGAAGAAAAUAUCCUCUCUUGGAAAUGGCAAAUUCAGUACUUUUAAGUCUAUACAAUUGGAGAUUUCUUUUCUCUAGCAAAGAGAUAUCAAAUUUAAACUAUUUUAGGUUGAACCCAAAUAAAAGAAUUUUCUUGGAGAA